AUGUCUACCACGACAGUGUUCGCCUUUGGCGAACAGACCAGAACAAAUCCGAUACAGCUAGGCAACUAUGCCACUAGGCACGUUAUCGAUCAUCCCAGAGUCGUUGAAGCAACGGUGGUAAAUCGACUUACUGCUGGAAAGACCGCGACGCAGACGGGCAUCAAUGUGACGUCGAGUUCGACGACUCCUCUAACUACUGACCUCAAUGGACAUCGUGUCCUAGUGCCACCUGCUCUGGCCGACGACUCUCGUUGCAUUGAUCCGCACACAGCACGGGCACAGCAAGCAUGCCAAGAAGCCAUUCCUCCCUUGAUGCCUAACUUGCCGCCUCGUCUAAGGAAAGUGAGACCAGGGCGGCGCGAGCGUGCACUUUUGCGCCUCCAACGGCAGGGGGGUAUUUGCCAUGAUCCCGCUGCCUGCCGGCAAGACCCUGCCGCAGGCCAUGACACCGUCGACGCACGAAUGGGAGCCACCAACGUCCUGUCGCCGCCGGAGAACAAGGCACCAGACGAUGACCCGAGUCCCACGCCGGGCGACAUGCCCCCUCGCCUGAGGGCAAAGCCAGGGCGACGAGAGCGAGCCCUUCGCCGACUUCAACGAGAAGCGGCGAUUCUCCAGGAUCCGGCUACCUCACAGCAAGUCGAGGCUACUGGCCCGAAACCAGGCCCUGAUGCUACGCUGCCACCGCCGCCGACGACUACUGUAGAUGCGUCUUCACCGGUGAUGGAGAUGGAAAAGGGUGUGGAGGGGACAGAGUGUGUUCAACUGUCGCAUGUCCGGCAACCAGCCGAGCUCGUGAGCGCUCAGGGUCGAGCGAACGGCAUCCAGAGUUCCGCCGCCUCGCAGCACGACCAUCCGUCCAUUUCCCCGCCACCGUACGACCCGAUCGCUCUGGGACUGGAAGCGGCACAGUUCAUCCUGCAACAGCAUGGAUCGACCCAGUACCCGGCCGCGGCGGCGGCACACGAUCAGCCACAAUAUCCAGUUGCGGCGGAGCAACAUCAGUUUGUGGAUUGGGCGAUCGAGAGGCAGCACGCCGCGUCAGGAGAGGGCGGGUCGAUGGCGGUCCGUCUCGACUACGCUGAGGGCGGCUCAUUUUCGCGAAUGGCCAUCCUCACGGACUGGUCCCCGCACUACUGGCAGCCAAGGCCGUUCGCAUCUAGCUUGCCUCCCAACGCUGUCAGCCAGGAGGCCGCAGCCGUACCCCUUCGCGUCUUACAGAACAGUGGAUAUGGCGCCGGCGAGCCCGAGGCGCCGUACGCUUACUCCAGCCCGUGGCCCGUCCCUACGGGUCAUCAAGCACCGGAAACAAUGGUUCCAGCACCAUACGAAGCGCCCGCGAGCACUGCGCUGCCGCAAGGAGGCGCCUUUCCUCCCGAGCCAGCUGAGGCUCCGGAUGCUCCCGACCUAACACAAUUCCCCGCGGCGCCCGAGCCAUGCAGUCUUGCUCUUACCCAGGCCAUAUAUCCGUUUGUUGAAUGUCCUGGGCCCUGUCCUGCAAACUGCCCCAGGCGAUUGAUGUUGUCGCGCGCAUACUCUCGCCGUCCCCAUGCCCGCUAUGGCAUGUCGCGCCUUCCCUGUCCAAUCCGAUUCGAUCCUUUUGAUGAGGACCUGGAUAGCGAAGGGAGGGAGCCGCCGUUUCCGUUGGCAGGACUGGAUUAUCCCACGUCACCGAUUUCUCCAGCAACAGCGACGACCGCAUCAGUGUCGACGCCGCGGGGAGCCGCCUUCAAUGCCGGCAUCAGUCCCUGUUCGUCAUGCAAGGGGCUUACGCUAACUGGCGAGGAAGUCAUAUACUCCACAUGUUGCGGAAUCAGGUCGCCCGCUGCACACGCUGGUGACAGCGAGGCCGAAGUGACGCUAGGCAUCCCAGUCCGGCGCGAGAGAAGGCAAGCUCCGCUCGCUGACGGAGAGCACCCGUCGACGCCCUGGUGGUAUCGCGACCAGCGGGAAGCCCAUCGGUAUCUGGAGCUGCUUGAAUACCUCGAGCAUCGUGCCAUACUGCGCGUAAAGGCUAAGCUGGAUAACCUCGAGGAGAGCGACCGUCCCCCGUUGAUGCCGCUCUGGAUUCAUUUCCCCCAGCUCCUUCCCCCGGUCUUCGACGCGCCGCCCGAGAAUAUGCUGCAGCUCCAGCUCAGCGGGAACUGA